GACCGUGGGGUAAAAAAGUAAAAACCGAUGUGAGCGUCGUCUCGUGUCGCUCCAGGAAGACAACCACCAAAGGCUCCUCCGUCCGCGGCGAUCCUACUUCGCCGCCGGUAUGCGAUCGCCGGAGUCGCCGUGCUCGGCCCCGACCCUGGCGCCACCCUCUCCAUCAUCUGCUUCCGCCGCCUUGCCCGUCGCUUCGCGCUUGCGUAGCGGCGGCGGCGGCCGCGGCGGCGAUGGUGAUGUGCCGACGACGUCGUCGGCGUGCCAUGGCCGCCGCACCUGCGAGGAGGAGUCGAUCCCACUGAGGAGCGUGGAGGCGGCACGGUUUCGUGCUCCGCAGCCGGCGAAUCUGGCGACCCCGAGUCGAUCGAUGGUUUACACCCAUGUGAGCCCCCCCCCCCCCCCCCCACAAACCCCCAUUUCAGAUCCAUUUUAUUGAUAGCAGUUGUGCAUCGGAGUCAUUCCAAUCUAUUUUGCACAGUCGGAUCCAUUUUAGGCCUAGUUAUCCAUCCCCAUGAGGAAGGGAUUGGAGGGGAUUAGUUAGGAAAUUAAUCCCCUUCGAAUCCUUUUCAAUCCCCUUGGGUGAGGGAUUAAAUGAACAAGGCCUUACUGAAAGCAAUUAAGCAUUGUUUUGUUUAGUCUGUUAGCGUGAAGUUUCACCGUAUGCAUGAUUGUAAAAAUUUGACUACUGGCAGGGACCUGGGGUUAGUUCUGACUUGGUGCCGAAGGAGGGGAUGGUGUUCGAAUCGUUUGAUCACGCGUACGAUUUCUAUGAGAAAUACGCAUGCCAUGCAGGUUUUGAUGUCAGGAAAAGCAGAUUGAAGCGGACGAUACGGGAGAUAUGCUGCGCAAGGGAGGGGAGGCACAAAUACAGGGGCGAUGAGGCGAACAGGGAGAGGAAACGGACAUCGAAGAGGACUGGCUGCAAAGCAUAUGUUAAAAUCAAGAAUGUCACAACUGACGGCAAAUUGUCAUCUGUAGUUUUUGACGUCGUCGUUAUAGGGCACAACCACCCGUUGACGCCAUCGCCAUCGCCAUCAGCUGUCAAACAAAUGAGGUCGCAUAGGAACAGAGCUGACACGGUGCAAGAGUGUCGUGUUACCCAAAACAUGCAUGAAGGUCAGGAAAAUGUCCCAUUCACAUCACCGGACGUGGAAAUCAGGUAUUAUAUGGUGCUGUUGAAGUGCAUAGGAACAGAGCUGACACGGUGCAAGAGUGUCGUGUUACCCAAAACAUGCAUGAAGGUCAGGAAAAUGUCCCAUUCACAUCACCGGACGUGGAAAUCAGGAGGGCUGCUAACAAACGCGCGGAGAUGGCGGAUGAUAUCAACAAACUGUUCGCUUUCUUCAGUGAAUGCAAGAUGCAGAACUCUAAAUUUUACUGGGACAUGCAGCUCGAUGAGGAUGGUGUGGUGAAGAACAUUUUUUGGAGCCAUGCUAGCAGUCAGGCCGAGUAUGCGGACUUUGGUGAUGCAGUCACUCUGGACACGACAUACAAGACGAACAUAUAUGGGAUGUCCUUGGCGAUGUUCGUUGGAGCAAGCCACCAUAUACAAGACACUCUGUUUGGUUGUGCACUACUGCGAGACAAGAAGAUAGAAUCAUUCGAAUGGCUAUUCAAAACGUUCAAAAACUGUAUGGAGGAUUGCCCCUCGCCUAGAUGCGUGCUAACAGACCAGGACAAUGUGAUCGCGGUGGCCAUAACAAAUGUCUUUCCGAAGACAAUACAUAGGCUGUGCAGGUGGCUCAUACUGAAGAAUCACUCUGAGGCACUCAACAUUCUAUAUGCAAGGGACGAUCGCAUUGAAUCGGAAUUGUUGUUGUGCGUGAACCAGACAUACACCCCACAGGAGUUUGAAAAUGCGUGGUCGUGGUUCAUUGAUGAGUUUGAUUUGCAGGAUAGUGUGACCCUGCAAAACUUGUACGAAAUAAGGCACAGAUGGAUCCCAGCGCUCUUCAAGAAGGACUACUGUGGCAGGAUGACAUCUACUCAGCAGAGUGAGAGUGUGAACAAACUAGCUAAGAGAAAUUUCGUCGAUCACCAAACCAAUCUGCACAGUUUUGCGCGUAGGAUGCUUGAUAUCAUAAUUUCACGGGAAGCGAAGGAGGCUGCUGAGACCAGGGCUUGUUUGGGCAUGCCGAUAACAAAGACAAGGUGGUCAUUCGUGGUGCAGAUGUCAAGGGUGUACACAAGAGCUGUGUUCAAGUUGUUCGAGGAGGCAUUGGAUGAUUGCACAGCUUUCAGGAUCGACAUGGACAUUGGCAACACAAACAGGUGGAUUGUGUUGGACAUGGAGCAUUCUGAGAAGCAUGAUUGGUGCCAACUACAAUUUAAAGUGUUAGCGGACGUUCAGAAAGGUCGUUAUGAAUGUGAGUGCAAGCAGUGGGAACAUACUGGUUUAUUAUGCACGCACCUUCUUCGGACAUUCAUCCAUGCUCAGGUCGAGAAGAUACCACCUCAGUAUGUGCUCUGACGCUACACGAUGAAAGCCAGAAGUGACAUGUCAUUUGACAGGCGUGACCGUGUUACAGCUGGACCUGACAGUGUGGAAGAAAGUUACCGACAAAAGACACUGCUAGCUGAGGCAAUGGCUAUUGUACGGUUAGGUAGUAAGUCAAGGGUUGCAUUUGAAAUAGCCAUGGCCGCCCUUAAAGUGCUGCGAAAGGAAAAGAGAUGCUUCCAGACAGCGUGGCAUGUAGGGAUGAUAUCGUUGCACGCAACAAUGGUGCGGGCACAUCAGCUGAAGUCAUAAGCCAAGAACCACCACCCAAACCAAAGACUAAAGAGCGGACAGUAGGUCCAGAAGAGAAUGUAUCACUUGGUGCAAGGGGGAAGAAGCUCUGUACUAGGGUGUGCAGCUGGUGUGGACUGAGGGAUGGCCAUUACACAACUACCUGCCCAAAAAAUCCCGCAAACUUCGAAAAGGUAAGGAAGGCAAUGAGCAGGGGUAGAGGGAGGAGAGGGAGACCACGUGGAAGUGGAAGGGGUGGCGGUCGCGGCAUGGCCUGUGUAGGUAGGAGCCUUAUGGAUGAAUUGGAGAGGGAGGGCAUUACUGAACAGGACAGCAACGACGACAUGGUAGAAUCUGAUGCGGAAUGAGCUGCAAUGCAGUGAUAUGUCGUAGUGGAAUAGGUUUCAAGGCUGAAUACAGCCGAUGUCUAUAGCCAAAACUGUUUGGAUCAAUUUCAGUAACGUGUGUUUGAAAAUUUGGAUGUUAGUGAUAUGGUGUACUGUUGGCCAUUUGAUUGUUGCUGGAGAUUCAAAAUAUAUGCGCGAGGCCAAUUGCUGACCGAAAAAA